AUGACCCCCCUUACGUGGCUGCUAUGCCUGCUGCCCCUGGCUCUGGCACAAUGGAGAAACCCCCUCGCGCGGUCCUAUCCCGCAUGGCAACAGCUGCUGGAGCAGCAACAGACGGCUGCAGUGCAGUCCGCAGAGUAUCCCGAACACUUCCUGCGCGUCCCCAUUGACCACUUCACGAAUGAAUCGCGUUACGAACCCCACGAGAAAGGCACAUUUAAUCUCCGCUAUUGGUUCGACGACCAAUUCUACCAGCCCGGUGGUCCCGUCUUCGUGAUCGCCGCCGGCGAAACUGACGGGGAAGACCGGUUCCCCUUCCUCUCCCACGGGAUCAUCCGUGACCUCGCCCAGAAAUACCACGGGAUCGGGGUCAUCCUCGAGCACCGGUACUAUGGCAGCAGCUAUCCGUUCGAGGAACUCACGACCGAAAACAUCCGGUUCCUGACUACCGAGCAGGCCGUCGCUGACUAUGCGUACUUUGCGCAGCAUGUCCAGUUUCCCGGAGUGAAGGGACACAAUCUGCGCCCCUCCGCGACGCCCUGGAUCGCGUAUGGCGGGUCCUACGCGGGCGCCUUCGUCGCGUUCCUGCGCAAGCUCUACCCCGAUACGUACUGGGGAGCGGUGUCGUCCUCGGGCGUGACGCAAGCCAUUGAGGACUACUGGGCGUACUUCGAGGGGGUGCGGAAUUUCGGACCGGCCGCGUGCAUCGAUGUCACGCAGACGGCGACGGACGUGGCAGAUCGCAUCAUGAUCGACCACGCGCAAAACAAGACCCUCAACAAACAGCUCAAGACUGCCUUCGGCGCGUCGCCGGACCUGACCAACGACUUCUUCGCCAACCUGCUAUCCUCCCCGCUGGGGUCGUUCCAGUCCCGCAACUGGGACCAGGAGAUCGGCAGUCCCAUGUUCGCCCAAUACUGCGGCAACAUCACCAGCACCAAGCUGCUCUUCCCCGAUACCGAGCCCGUCAAACAGAGCAUGGCGGAGCUGGUCGCCAUCGCGGGGUAUGACCCCAAGAACGCGACGCUGGUCACAAACCUGCUCAACUUCGCGGGAUACGUCAGCCAAUCGGCCUUCUCUGCGCUGGGCCCCGACACCCCAGUGGACGGACAGACCAAGCUAUUGGCCCAAGGCGGCUCCCUGCCCAAGUCCGUCUACACGAGCUGGAACUACCAGGUGUGCACGGAGUGGGGGUACUUCGUCACGGGGAGCGGAGUACCGGCGGAGAUCCGGCCGCUGACGUCGCGCGUGCUGGACGUCCCGGCGCUAUCCCGCUUCUGCAGCGAGGACUACGGUAUCCACGAGCGGCCCAACGUGACGCGCAUCAACCAGCACGGAGGGUUCGACUUUUCGUACCCGCGGGUGGCCAUCAUCGACGGCUUGGCGGACCCGUGGCGCGCGGCGACGCCACAUGCGGACGGGGCGCGCAAGAGGAAGUCCACCGAUAGUGAACCGUUCCUGAUGAUCGAUGUGCCGGAGACGGAUGUGUGGGAUGGGAUGCGCGGCGGCGUCCACCACUGGGAUCAGAACGGGCUGAGCGGGAAGGGUGACAUCCCUGAGGGGGUGCGCAAGGUGCAGCAGGAGGUGGUGCGCUUUGUGGGGGUGUGGUUGGGGAGUGGAAGAGUAGAGUGA